AUGAAUUUCAUUCACAGUACGCUCGAUAAAGUCCGGGAAUGGGCACCAGUCUCACAUACUUCCACAUUUCGCACAAACGGUCAGAUUACACCCGGUGAAUUCGUCGCUGCCGGGGACUACUUAGUUUACAAGUUUCCAACAUGGUCUUGGGCAGAUGCCUCACCAAUCACUAAGCGUGCCAGCUAUCUCCCUGCAGGAAAACAAUUUCUAGUGACUCGAGGUGUUCCAUGUCAUCGCAGAAUUGAUGAAAACUUCGCUGGUGAUGCAGGUCACGACGAGACCGUUGUGGGAGAUGGGGGCUUAGGGUGCGGUAGUGCGGGUGAUGAGGAUGAUGGAUGGCUUAGGACUGGAGGACUAGCAGCUAGCCAGGAGGCUAGGGUACGAGAUGUGAGGACCGUGGAUGAAAGUGGUAAUAUGGGAGAGAGAGAAGUUGAGGAGGAAGACGAUAUCCCUGAUAUGGAGGACGAAGAAGAUGAUGAAGAUGCUAUAAUUAGGGAUCCUGGGCCUGGAACUUCUGAAUCUAUAACUUUGCGCAGAUCUAGACGUACGUACACGCUAUACAUUGCUUACGCUCCCUAUUACCGAACUCCACGUCUCUUCCUCCAAGGAUAUCUUGCCAAUUCACAACCGCUAGCCCCGCGGCUAAUGAUGGAAGAUAUUGUUGGGGAAUAUAAAGAUAAAACCGUGACACUAGAGGAUUUCCCUUACUUCAGUGAAAACAUGAAAAUGGCAUCUUUACACCCAUGCAAGCAUGCAUCAGUCAUGAAACUCUUGUUGGAUCGCGCAGAUGCUGCUCUAAAAAUAAGAAGAGAAAGACAAAGGCUAGGAAAAGCCAAUUACUCUGAUAAUACUAGCAUGUGCGGUCUCGUCGAUGACUUGAACCAAAUGAGUGUGAAAGAAGAGACAAAAAAGAUUAUAUUUGAGGGUGCAAAGGCAGGAGCCAAUGGAAAUGACGAGUGGGAAGUUCUUCAAAAUGAUGCUGAAGCUCACGAUGACGAAGUUGCUAUACGAGUGGACCAAUAUUUAGUAGUAUUCUUGAAGUUCAUGGCUAGUGUAACCCCUGGAAUUGAGCAUGACUUUACUAUGAGCGUCUAG